CCCCACUCUCCUGUUUCUAGCUCAAAUUAAGCAGCAAAAAAGUUCCCCGUCCCCAAUCUCUCAAUCCCUCUCUCUAAUGGCGCUCGGUCUCUCUCUCUCUUCUUCUCCCUCGCUCCGCUCCGCCACUUCGUUGCCGUCGUCGUCGUCGUUGUCGACGACCUCGAUCGGGCCCAAACGGCGCCUCGAUUGGGCCGGGCCGAGGAGGGCGUCGGGAUCGGUGGCGGCUUCGAAGGAGGCGUCAGCGGCGAGGUCGCCGGAGCCGGCGAGGGCGGGCUUGGAGGCGGCCGCGGCGGCGGCGGCGGCGGCGACGGCGGAGGCGGUGGUGGGGCAGGUGACGGAGGUCGGCAAGGACACCUUUUGGCCCAUCGUCGAAGCGGCGGAGGACAAGAUCGUCGUCCUCGACAUGUACACGCAGUGGUGUGGCCCUUGCAAAGUGAUAGCACCCAAGUUCCAGGAAUUGUCUGAGAAGUACCUUGAUGUCGUUUUCCUUAAGCUCGACUGCAACAACGAAAACAAGCCUCUUGCAAAAGAGUUGGGCAUAAGGGUCGUUCCAACAUUCAAAAUUCUCAAGGGUGGCAAGGUCGUCAAGGAAGUAAAUGGAGCUAAAUUUGAUGAUUUAGUUCUUGCAAUUGACACUGUAAAAUCAAGCUAACAAUUUAGCUGGCAAGAGGCACUUCAUGACUUUGUAUACCCUAUGAGAUGAAUCUCCCUUUGUUAUAUAAGCUGGGUAUGAUCAUGUGAAGCAUGUUGUUUUAUGACUGUAAACAAGUGGAUGUAGCCCACAUACAAAAAGAAAUGUACUUACUAUGUUCAUUGGUGGAAACGCCAUUGCAUGUUCAUUUGAAUGUUCUGCUUUUCUGGAUUUA